AUGAGGACGAAACAGAAGCGACGAGUGUGCAUCCUUCUACCCAACAAGCAGCACCUGGACUGUACCAUCACAGUGAGAGCCAGAGCCCAGGAGGUGUUGAACAGCGUUUUGAAGCAGCUCGGCGUCACUGAUCUCUACAUCUUCGGCCUGGCUGUUCUCAGAGAUAAUGAAUAUCUCUUUCUUGAUUUGGACCUGAAGUUGAGCAAGUACUUUGGCAAACGAUGGAACAGAAGCUCAACAACAGUCCCAUUCAUCGUAUUUCUGAGGGUGCAGUAUUAUAUAGAGAAUGGACAGCUGAUACUGAGCAGCAAAGUGCAGCAGCUCUACUACACCGAGCUGAGGCAGAGGGUUCUUCGCUCACAGAGCCGCCAGCAGGAAGCUCUGUUCUUCCAGCUCGCAGCUUCUGCUCUUCAAGCUGAAGUUGGAAAUCUGGAGCAGAGAGAUGGGAAUGAAGAAGAAGAGGAAAGAUGUUACUUCCUUCCUGAGGAUUACUUCCCCUCCUGGCUGAUUACACGUCGAGGGCGAGCCUACCUGCUCCAGCACUGCCCUGCGUUGCACGAGGAACUGAGAGGUGUGACACGCAGCCAAGCCAUGCUGCAGUUUAUCAAAGAGGCCGGCAGCCUCCAAGACGGACCGGUCACCUUCUACAGGAUGAGACAGGAGAAAAGAGAGCGGAGAAGUUCAAUCCUUCUUGGGGUGGUGUUGAAAGGAGUCCAUAUUUACGAGGAGGUGGAAGGGAAACUGUAUCUGUUGCACAAUCUUUCUUGGACCGACAUCGACCGCUUCACUUUCCAGGGCAAACGGUUUGAAGUCGCUGCCGUCGGGUCUCUGUGUCUCCCUGAGCUGGUGUAUUACACUCACUCUGCCUUCCACUCCAAACACGUCCUGAGGCACCUCAGUGACAGUCACCGACUACACAUCGACACCAGAGAUGCAGUCCUCUACAUCCAACAGCUUGAGGACAUGGAGGCCAGUCACUUCUACAAAGAGGCCUACAUCUGUGACACAGAAGGCCUGAGACAGCGGCUUCAAACCAGCAACCUAACGUCCUCCAUGUCUGACUGCAGCGCUGCAGCGGGAACAAGCGCGGCCUGGUCCAAUGAGGAGGAGGAAGAGGAGGUGGAGGAAGAUGAAGACUCUGUCACAGAGUUUGAGUUGUGCGUCGAUGAACCAGAGGAGGUUUUUGUUGAUGACCCAGCUGAGGUGUCCUGGCUGGCUGAGCUGAUCCGUGGUGCCUCUGUCGAUGGACAGGUCGUGUUCCCCUCCUCUUGGGAAGCCAUCACUACGGAAAUGAAGCAGGUUCUGAGGAGGAGAGCUGAUGAAGGAGUUUCUGUGGACUAAUGUGCAGCCAGAGGAGAAAACAGACUCACUACACAUCCUGCAGCAGAAGAAGAGAACAUUUGUUGUGGCUUCUGUUGCCAUUUCUCUGUCUUUUGACUUGGUGUUGGACAGUAGAGAGAAGUUAUAAGUGGACACUGUCUUGUUAAUAUUUUCAGUUCUUGCUUAGUUGUUGUGUACAUUUAUUAUUUUCCUUUAUUGAAAACAAUCAUCACAAUUACACAUUUCAAUUAAUUAAUAUUGAUGGAUACAGAUCGAACUGUAAUAACAGUAAGUUCUGCUUUUGUAUUGUUUUUUGGUUUUUUUCAAAGCUCCACAUUGGCUCACCUUCCUAAUAUUGUUAAAAAACAACUACAGUUUAAUCAAGUCAUUGGAAUUCAUUAAAUACAAACGUGACAAAGAUUUUCUUUAAUUUCACUCAACUUAAUUUAACUCAAUGUAUGGUUUUCACACAUCACAUCAUCCUUGUCUCUUUU